AAACCUUCAUUUCUUCAAAAUCAUAUUACAGACACAGAAUUUGAAGAACACCAACUUUUUUUUAUUUUCAUCUCAAGAACACCAAAUUCUUUGAUUCUUUUGUUCUAUAUUCAAGAAAACAAACCAACCGGGUUUUUCAUUUUUGGUUGAAGUAAACAAGAAGUAUACGUAAAAGUUUCUCAUCUCCAUAAUCAAUGGAGGGUGAUAUAUUUAGAGCAAGUAAUAGUAUACGAAGAAGCUCAUCAGUUUGGAGAAAUAGUGAUGUGUUUUCAAGAUCUUCACGCGAGGAAGAUGAUGAGGAAGCUUUGAAAUGGGCUUCACUUGAGAAAUUGCCAACUUAUGAUCGUUUGAGGAAAGGAAUUCUUGUUAGUGUUUCGAAAGGCGGUGCUAAUGAGAUCGAUGUUGAUAAUCUUGGCGUUGAAGAACGGAAAACUUUGCUUGAGAGAUUGGUUAAGGUUGCUGAAGAAGAUAAUGAGAAGUUCUUGCUCAAGCUCAAGAAUCGUAUUGACAGGGUGGGAAUUGAAACUCCGACAAUUGAAGUUCGAUUUGAGCAUCUGAAUAUUGAAGCUCAAGCUUUUGUAGGAAGCAGUGCUUUGCCAUCAUUUGCUAACUUCUCUAUGAGUGCUAUAGAGUCUCUGUUGAAUCUUCUGCAUCUUCUUCCGAACAGAAAGAGACCGUUGACUAUUCUUAGCGAUGUUAGUGGAAUCAUCAAGCCGCGAAGAAUGACUUUGCUUUUGGGUCCUCCAAGUUCUGGAAAGACAACACUCUUGUUGGCACUUGCUGGGAAGCUCGAUUCUAGUUUAAAGUUUUCUGGUAACGUAACUUAUAAUGGUCAUGCGAUGAAUGAGUUCAUACCCCAGAGAUCAGCUGCCUACAUCAGUCAACACGAUCUCCACAUAGGAGAAUUGACUGUGAAGGAAACUCUGGCGUUUUCUGCUAGAUGCCAAGGAGUUGGAACCCAACAUGAGAUGUUAGCGGAGUUGUCAAGAAGAGAGAAAGCAGCAAACAUCAAGCCUGAUCCUGACAUCGAUGUCUUCAUGAAGGCAGCAGCAACAGAAGGUCAGGAGACCAGUGUGGUCACAGAUUAUGCUUUAAAGAUUCUAGGAUUGGAGGUCUGUGCUGAUACUCUAGUAGGGAAUGAAAUGAUAAGGGGUAUCUCCGGAGGACAAAAGAAGCGUGUUACGACAGGAGAAAUGCUUGUUGGACCAGCAAAAGCACUGUUUAUGGAUGAGAUAUCCACUGGUUUGGACAGCUCAACAACUUACCAAAUUGUGAACUCACUAAGGCAAUCCAUUCACAUACUUAAUGGAACUGCUGUCAUCUCCCUCCUCCAGCCUGCACCGGAGACUUAUAACCUCUUCGAUGAUAUCAUUCUGCUCUCCGAUGGCCAGAUUGUGUAUCAGGGUCCUCGUGAGCAAAUCGUUGGCUUUUUUGAGUAUAUGGGCUUCAAGUGUCCUGAAAGAAAAGGUGUUGCUGACUUCUUGCAAGAAGUGACAUCCACCAAAGAUCAAAAGCAGUAUUGGGCACGUAAAGACCAGCCUUACAGGUUUGUCUCAGUGAAGGAAUUUGCGGAGUCAUUUCAAUCAUAUGAAGUAGGCCGAAGAAAUGCACAAGAACUUGCAACUCCAUUCGAUAGGACCAAGAGCCACCCGGCUGCUUUGUCAACCAAACGUUAUGGUGUUGGAAAGAUGGAGCUGCUUAAAGCAUGCUUUGCAAGAGAAUUCUUGCUCAUGAAAAGGAACUCAUUCGUUUACAUCUUCAAAAUGUGCCAAGUAAUUUUCAACAGAUUUUGUGUUCUGUUAUUUUCAUUUCCGUAUUCUGCAUGCUCGGUAGUCAUUUAUUUUUGUUUUUUCUUCUGCUUACAGCUUUUGUUGAUGGCAUUCAUUGGUAUGACGGUCUUUCUGAGAACUGAGAUGGACAGGGACACUCUCGCCGAUGGGGGUAUAUAUGUCGGUGCCUUGUUCUUUUCGCUAAUCACAGUCAUGUUUAACGGUAUGGCAGAGUUGUCCAUGACCAUUGCAAAGCUUCCUGUAUUUUACAAGCAAAGGGACCUCCUGUUCUUUCCUCCAUGGGCUUAUUCUCUUCCUUCAUGGCUCCUUAAAAUUCCCGUCACGUUUAUGGAAGUUGGUGUUUGGGUGUUCCUGACUUACUAUGUCAUGGGGUUUGAUCCAAAUGUCGAAAGGCUGUUUAGGCAGUUCUUUCUGCUCUUACUUAUUAACCAGAUGGCCUCUGGUCUAUUUCGGUUUAUUGCGUCAGUAGGAAGAAACAUGAUUGUUGCCAAUACAUUCGGGUCAUUUGCACUGCUUACACUUUUCGCAUUGGGUGGCUUUGUCCUGUCAAAGGAUAGCAUAAAGAAUUGGUGGAUAUGGGGUUACUGGGUCUCCCCAUUGAUGUAUGGGCAGAAUGCUAUAGUUGUUAAUGAGUUUCUUGGCCACAGCUGGAGUCAUGUUCCAGUAAAUUCAACCUCUACGGAUUCUCUCGGAGUUCAACUUUUGAAAACCCGCGGUUUCCCCACUGAAGCAAAAUGGUAUUGGUUAGGAGUAAUCGCAACAGCCGGAUACAUAUUGCUGUUCAACAUUUUUUACACCAUUGCUCUCACUCUCUUGGGCACAUUUGAAAAGCCUUCUGCUUUUAUAUCCGACGAUGAUGAAUCAAGCGACAAAAAACAAGGAUCCAUUCAGCUAUCACAAGUUGAAAGUAGUCAUAGUACUAAUGCAGCAAGCGGAAGCGCACUUGAUGAGGCAAAUCAGAACAAGAAAAAGGGAAUGGUUCUUCCAUUUGAACCACAUUCCCUUACCUUUGAUGAUGUUGUAUACUCCGUUGACAUGCCACAGGAAAUGAGAAAUCAGGGAGUGGUUGACGAUAAAUUGGUGCUUUUGAAGGGUGUAAGUGGCGCUUUCAGGCCUGGUGUUUUGACAGCUUUAAUGGGUGUUAGUGGUGCUGGUAAAACCACUCUGAUGGACGUGUUGGCCGGUAGAAAAACUGGUGGAUAUAUUGAUGGAGAGAUCACAAUUUCUGGAUAUCCAAAGAAGCAAGAAACCUUUGCUAGAAUUUCAGGAUACUGUGAGCAGAAUGACAUCCAUUCUCCACAUGUUACUGUCUACGAAUCCCUAGUCUAUUCAGCUUGGCUUCGUCUACCCCCUGACGUCGACGCUGCAACCAGAAAGAUGUUUGUUGAUCAAGUCAUGGAUCUUGUGGAGCUGAAUCCAUUGAGACAAGCUAUAGUUGGGUUGCCUGGUGUAAGUGGUCUUUCAACAGAGCAGAGGAAGAGGCUGACCAUAGCAGUUGAGUUGGUUGCGAACCCCUCAAUCAUAUUCAUGGACGAGCCAACUUCAGGGCUAGAUGCAAGAGCUGCUGCUAUCGUUAUGAGAACAGUCAGGAACACUGUGGACACAGGACGAACAGUUGUCUGCACCAUCCAUCAGCCAAGUAUUGACAUAUUUGAAGCUUUUGAUGAGCUUUUCCUGAUGAAGAGAGGAGGAGAAGAGAUAUAUGUCGGGCCAUUGGGUCGCCACUCUAUCCACCUGGUUAACUAUUUUGAGGGAAUUGAAGGAGUAAGUAAAAUCACAGAUGGUUACAAUCCAGCAACCUGGAUGUUGGAAGUCAGCAGUUCUGCCCAAGAAUUAACAUUGGGAGUUGAUUUUGCAAACGUUUACAGGAAUUCGGAUCUUUACAGGAGAAACAAGGCAAUGAUUCAGGAACUAAACAAGCCUGCGCCUGGUUCCGAGGACCUAUAUUUCCCUACACAGUAUUCACAGUCUUUCUUAACCCAAUGCGCGGCUUGCUUAUGGAAGCAAUCUUGGUCAUACUGGAGGAAUCCACCAUACACUGCUGUCAGAUUUUGGUUCACAACCUUUAUUUCCUUGAUGUUUGGAACAAUUUUCUGGGAUCUUGGAUCUAAAUUGGAAAAGGAGCAAGAUCUUGGUAACGCAAUGGGUUCGAUGUAUGCAGCUACGCUCUUCCUUGGAGUGCAGAAUGCACAAUCAGUACAGCCAGUUGUUGCUGUUGAAAGAACCGUCUUUUACAGAGAGAGAGCCGCAGGAAUGUAUUCUGCCAUGCCUUACGCAUACGCUCAGGCCUUGAUUGAGGUCCCAUACGUAUUUGUUCAAGCUGCUGUAUACAGUGUAAUAACAUACGCAAUGAUCGGAUUUCAAUGGGAGGCAGCUAAGUUCCUCUGGUAUCUGUUUUUCUUGUACUUCACAUUGAUGUACUUCACCUACUACGGAAUGAUGUCUGUCGCCUUCACACCCAACCACCACAUUGCUGGAAUAGUCUCCUCAGCAUUCUAUGCAAUAUGGAACAUCUUUGCAGGAUUCAUCGUACCUCGAACUGAACUUCCGAUAUGGUGGAGAUGGUACUACUGGGGAUGUCCCAUUGCAUGGAGCUUGUACGGUCUAAUUGCAUCACAAUUCGGAGAUAUACAGACCCCAAUCGGAAACAGUCCAUCAGUCGAGCAAUAUAUCAAGGAUGUCUACGGUAUGGAGCACGAUUUUAUCGGAGUAUGCGCUGGUGUUAUCGUUGGAAUUACCGUUCUGUUUGCAUUUAUCUUUGCUGUUUCUAUCAAGGCCUUCAACUUCCAAAGGCGGUAGAGAAGAGAUCAAACAUUUGGUUUGCUCUUUUUAUAAGUUUUGUUGUUUACAAUAUCAGGCAGUAGUGAAGAAAAAGAAAGAACAAACUAUAUAUUGUUCUUGAAUCUUGUAUAUUUUUCUUACCAAUACAUUUAUUAUUUGUA